AUGCAAUGGGGCUGUCAUUCAAAUUCACCCCGUGGUAACUCUCUUUAUCAGAUAAUUAACAAUAAAAAAUAUAGUAUUCAAUCCCCUCCUAAUCCCACCUAUUGGCUAACAUCACCCAGAAAACGCCCCGACAUCUUGGACAUCUUUAUCACUAAAAUACCUAAAAGGCUAAAUUGCUUAACUGAAAAUCUCACAAACCCAAUGCCUGACCACUCCCCAGUAAUUAGGGUUGUAAAUGCAGAACCCUUAAUCAAAUCAAUCAGGCCUUCACUAAUUAAUGGCUUAAUGAACUGGGAUAUGUUCCAAUCAAUCCUAAUCAAUCAAAUUAAUUUAAAAACUCGCCUAAAAACUGAUACAGACAUUGAUGAGGCGGUAGAUAAUCUCACUACCUCUAUUCAAUCAGCAGCCUGGUGCUCUUGCUCACCAAUUUCUACUUCCAGUCAAAAUCAAUAUAAAAUUCCCAUUCAUAUAGGACAAAUAAUUGUUCAAAAAAGAAGGGCUCGUGCUAAUUGGCAAAGAACCAGAUAUCCCUCCGAUAAAAGAAUUUUUAACAACCUUUGUACAAAGUUAAAAAGAGAAGCAGGUCAUCAACGCACAGGCGAUUUUAUCAAAUAUACAGCCUCGCUAUCUGAAAAAAAACGGCUCACUCUGGAAAGCUACUCACAAAAUUCUCAAACACAAACUAACCAUUUUUCCAUUAAAAAAGCAGGAUGGAAACUGGGCGAUAAAUGGUAUUGA